GAAGUUCUCGUAUCGGCUCAUACAAACCAGCAAUAUCUCGAUCCGACAGCAAUUACUCAUACCCCGCUCUGCUAGGUAUUGAGGUGUGGCUGAAAUUGAUGAUAAACAAAACAUAGAAAAUUAAGCGUUUUGUAACGCUUGCAUUAAGUUAUAUCACAGAAUAUACUAGACCAAUGGCUGCUAUACGUAAAAAGUUAGUUAUAGUUGGGGAUGGUGCUUGUGGUAAAACAUGCCUUCUUAUAGUGUUCAGCAAAGAUCAGUUUCCAGAAGUUUAUGUACCCACUGUGUUCGAAAACUAUGUUGCAGAUAUUGAAGUAGAUGGAAAACAGGUUGAGCUGGCCUUGUGGGACACUGCUGGUCAGGAAGAUUAUGAUAGACUGCGACCCCUGUCCUAUCCAGACACUGAUGUCAUUCUCAUGUGCUUCUCCAUCGACAGUCCAGACAGCUUGGAGAACAUACCUGAGAAGUGGACACCAGAAGUUAAACAUUUCUGCCCAAAUGUUCCCAUUAUUCUCGUAGGAAACAAGAAGGAUUUGAGAAAUGAUGAUCAAACAAGAAUUGAGCUCGCCAAAAUGAAACAGGAACCAGUGAGAAAAGAAGAUGGGACUUCAAUGUUUGAACGUAUUGGAGCUUUCUGCUAUUUAGAAUGUUCUGCUAAGACCAAGGAGGGCGUUAGAGAGGUGUUUGAGCAUGCAACCAAAGCUGCACUACAAGUUGAGCUGGCCUUGUGGGACACUGCUGGUCAGGAAGAUUAUGAUAGACUGCGACCCCUGUCCUAUCCAGACACUGAUGUCAUUCUCAUGUGCUUCUCCAUCGACAGUCCAGACAGCUUGGAGAACAUACCUGAGAAGUGGACACCAGAAGUUAAACAUUUCUGCCCAAAUGUUCCCAUUAUUCUCGUAGGAAACAAGAAAGAUACACGUAAUGAUGAAAACACGAAAAGAGAGCUCAUGAAAAUGAAGCAAGAGCCAGUGCGACCAGAAGAGGGAAGAGCAAUGUCGGAAAAAAUCAAUGCUUUUAGUUAUUUGGAAUGUUCUGCUAAAACUAAAGAAGGUGUAAGGGAGGUAUUUGAAACAGCCACAAGGGCAGCUUUGCAAGUAAAGAAAAAGAAGGGUGGAAAAUGUAUGCUUUUAUAAUGUUAGGAAUAUAAUUAACUCGUAACAGUUUGAAUGGCUGGCUGGUGAUUUUCAUGGAUAUUAUCGAGUGUAUUCUGUACAUAUGACAGAUUGUUCAGUACAUUUGUGUCAGUAAAUAUGCUUAACUGUAUUUGAACAUAGCUGUUACUAGUACUUAGUAAUUUUAGGAGUUGACCAUAUGAAAAUAAUUUUGUGGGGGCGGGAUGGGGGUUUCAGCUGGCAGUUCGAGGUCAGGCUGGAAAAGUUAGAAACUUGGUCCAGAUCAGUUAUCAUAAGAGAAAAAUGAAAAGAAUAAAGACUUUGGUGUUAUUCAUCUGUCUUAAUGCAACCAUAUUUCUUAGAAACAUUCAGUCAGGAUAUAGUGGAUUUUUAGUGUGAGUCUGUAUUCACUCAGAAGAUGCUACAUUAGAUUUUAGCUUGAGUGUUCGGUUCAGGGUGAGCCAUUGUGGUGUACUGUGACUCGGGGGUAUCUGGCAUAAUCUUUACUCUUUAAACAAUUUCUUUUCUUGAACCACACAAUAGAUCUUCGUUAAACUUGGUCAGAAGCAUCUUUGUAUGGAUCUCUCAGUUAUGUUUAUAUGAUUCUGCUUGGCCCCUUUUAGGGGCUGCUAAAGCUAAAAAUUGAAAAAAAACUUUUUAAUUUUUUCUUAUGAACCACUUGAUUUAUCAUCACCUAACUUGGUCUGUAUAAUCAUUUUAAGGUCCUUCUCUUAAGUUUUAACUGACCCAGAAAAUUUCCAAGAUUCUCUGUCAGAACCUGUAACAUAAGCCUGCAGUACAGAUAAGUGACCUGCAGUAGUAUCUGAAGCUUAUUUCAUAUUCAGGAUGGAUAAUUCCUUGUUUAAAUGUGGUAGAUGUUUUAGCUUAUCCUGAACCGAAGGCUGUUAGUAAAGGUGGAUGCUCUGGCGUCAAUUGUCCAUGUCCUCAUCUAUCGUCCACAAUUUAUAUAAACAUCUCGCCUCUAAAAUUCUUGUUCAGAAUUACAUAAAACUUGGUCUGAAGCAUCCUAACAAGUUCUUUGAGGAAAAAUUUGUCACUGGGAAAAACUUGGUCAUUACAGAAAAUCAAAAACUUUGAUAACACUUUUUUCAACUUGAUUGUCAGAAUGUUUGUAUGAAAUCUAAGGCAAUUCUGGAAGUUGUGAACAUGAGGUCACAAACUAUGCCACUAUGUCAAAUCAUUGAAAACACUUGGUUAAUGAUUUACAAAGAAAACAUUGUCAGAAUGUUUGUCUCUUUGAAGUUUUGGUCAAGCUUGAAGUGGAUUGUUGAAGGUGGAAACCAAGGUUACUACGUCAGAUGAUAGAAAAAGCUAACUAACUCUCCAUGGGGCACAUUUUCUACCUGAUUUUCAAGAGACUGGUUAGAAUAAAUCGUUGAAAAACUUUGUUAAUGAACUAUGUGGUUUCUUUUAUUAUUAUAGAUUAUCUGUGGGAAGAACUAGUGAGCGAUACAGGGCCUUUAGUUUUUCUUAAUCAUUUCAGUCCACCUGACCUGAACUUUCUUCAAGGUGAGCUGUGAGUAGAGGUGAAUGGUCAGGCUUCCAUUGUCUGUUGUCAAUCAUCCUGAAAUUCCUGCUUUGAAACUGCUGCUCAGAAUUUCAUCAGACAUGGUCUGUAGCAUCCUGGCAUGGAUGUCUCUCAAGUUUUACAAAUGGUUCUUUUAGGCACCUUUUAGGGGCCACAAGAGCUUAAAGUAGAAAAAAAAACUUAAUAAAAUUCUUGUGAACUACCUUAUGGAUCUUCACCAAACUUGGUCUGGAACAUCUUUUAAUGGUCCUCAAUGUUCCUUCUCUUUCAGGGUCCACCAGAGCUAAAAAUAGAAAAACCUUAAAUAACUUUGUGUUGUGAACAAGUUGAUGGAUCAUCACCAGACUUAGCUCUCUCAUGUAUGUUCAAAUGGUUAUGCUUGGCCUCUUUUAUAGAUUGCCAGAAAUGGGUAAACAACUGCUCCUCAUCAUGUGUGAUGGAUCUGGUCUGUAGCAUCAAUGUAUGGUCUUCUGUCAUUUUUUUUCAAAUGGUUCUGCUUGGUCCUGUUAAGGGGUUGGCAGAGCUAAAAAUAGAAAAAGAAACCUAUAAAUGAUUACUUUUUGUGGACCUCUUGGAUCUUCACUAGACUUUUUCAGUAGCAUCAAAUUAUUCAAAUAGUUCUGUGCUUGACAGCUUUUAGGAUCUGCUAAAGUAAAAAAGGGAAAAAACUUCAAAUAACUUUAAAUUAACUGUUAAUGUAUGUUCACCAAACGUGGUCAGAAGAAGGUCUAAAAGUCAUGGUCCUCAGGUGAGUGACUUGCGCCCAUUUGGCCCUCUGGUUUUUUCUUUUUGUUUCCUUAACUAGUUUAAGCAAAGAGCUAUAAAAAUAAAUAGAUCGGCAACUUGAAAGGCAUAUAAAGCAAAUCUCACCAACACCACUUGGGAACAGAAUGAGAUCUCAUUGUACAGGUAUAUGAAACAGCAGAAGGAUAAAAAAUUGUGUCAUGAAAAACUUUUUAUCAGAUCGUUUGUUUAUACUGAUAAUGGUCUUUUUUAAUGUUAUUAGUAUUUUCUACCCGGGAAGGAAGGAAUUUAUGAUUGGAAGUCUGAGAAAUCAACAGUUGUCGUUCGAAAAUUGGAUCUGAUUCGGUUUAUGACGUGCAGGCUGUAUAGCCAGUGUAAUACUUUAAUAAGCGUCUGUUGAUUUUAUCAUGGUUGAUCAAGUUGGCAAAUGCUUCAAUAAGAUAAGCUUACCUCCUGUUGCCAUUCUAUGUAUUUUAUACUUCUUUGGUUUAAGUAAUUAUUUUGAUGUUGAGGUAUCAGUUAGAGUAGAUCAUAAUAUAAUAUAACACUACUUUUAUAAAUUAUCUGAAAAAAGAAUAACAUGCAAAUUUACUUUAUUAUUUUAAUCCAAGCUCAUUUUCAUUAGCCCACCAUCAUCAGAUGGUGGACUAUUCAAAUCACUCUGCGUCCGUGGUCCGUCGUCCGUCCGUCCUUCCGUCCGUUAACAAUUUCUCGUUAUCGCAUCUCCUCAGAAACUACCUGGGGGAUUUUGACCAAACUUUGUCAGAAUGAUGUAUUGGUACCCUAGUUGUGUCCCCCUGAAAAUCAGACUGGUUCAACAAUUUUUUAGUAAGUUAUGGCCCUUUGUUUAUUUCUAUAAUUUACAUAGAUUUAUAUAGGGAAAAACUUUGAAAAUCUUCUUGUCCAAAACCACAGAGCCUAGGGCUUUGAUAUUUGGUAUGAAGCAUCAUCUAGUGGUCCUCUACCAAGAUGAUUCAAAAUAUUUCCUUGGGGUCUAAUAUGGCCCCGCCCCGGGGGUCACAUGGUUUAUAUAGACUUAUAUAGGGAAAAACUUUGAAAAACCUCUUGUUCAAAACCACAGGGCCUAGGGCUUUGAUAUUUUGUAUAUGACAUCAUCUAGUGGUCUUCUACUAAGAUUGUUCAAAUUAUCCCCCUAGGGUCAAAUAUGGCCCCGCCCCGGGGGUCACAUGGUUUACAUAGACUUAAAUAGGGAAAAACGUUGAAAAUCUUCUUGUCCAAAUCACAAAGCCUAGGGCUUUGGCAUUUGUAAUGUAGCAUCAUCUAGUGGUUCUCUACCAAGUUUGUUCAAAUUAUCCCCCUAGGGUCAAAUAUGGCCCCGCCCUGGGGGGGUCACAUGGUUCAUAUAGACUUAUAUAGGGAAAAGAUUUUAAAAUCUUGUUGUCAAUAACCUACAACAUUCAAAUUUGGACCACAUGUAUGGUUUUGAUGGGCAAGAUGAACCUUGACAUGAGUUGACCUUGAUUUUGACCUAGUGACCUACUUUCACAUUUCUGUAGCUACAGCCUUCAAAUUUGGACCACUUGCAUAGUUUUGUGCACUGAAAAAAACUUCGACCUUGACUUUGACCUAGUGACCUACUUUCACAUUUUUGAAGGUACAGGCUUCAAAUUUGGACCACAUGCAUAGUUUUGUGUUCUGAAUUGGAAUUUGACCUUGAUUUUGACCUACUGACCUACUUUCACAUUUCUCAAGCUACAGCCUUCAAAUUUGGACCACAUGCAUAGUUUUGUGUACCGAAACAAACUUUGACCUUUACAUUGAACUAGUGACCUACUUUCACAUUUUUGAAGGUACAGGCUUCAAAUUUGGAACACAGGCAUAGUUCUGUGUUCCGAAAUAAAAUUUGACCUUGAUUUUGACCUAGUGACCUACUUCCACAUUUUUGAAGGAACAGGCUUUAAAUUUGGACCACAUGCAUAAAUUUGUGUUCUGAAGCGUAAUUGGACCUUGAUUUUGACCUAGUGACCUACUUUCACAUUUCGUCCUUGAAAUUGAUCUAGUGACUUACUUUCACAUUUCUCAAGCUGCAGCUUUCGAAUUUGGACCACAUGCAAAGUGUUGUGUACGGAAAUGAAAUUUGACCUUGAGCUAGUCAGUAAGUCUUGAAAUUUGGAACACUCAAAAAUGGCACAUUGGUGGGCGCCAAGAUCACUCUGUGAUCUCUUGUUACUUUGUUGUGAAGCUGUUUAUUUUAUGACACUAUAAUAUCAUUUACAGUAUACAUGACUCUUGCCAGACUACCUUGAUAUAGGCUUCUUGAUGGCCAUAAAACAACAUGAUUUUUGGACCUACUGCUAUGAAACAAAGCAGUUAUGUAGUGAUGAUAAUUAGAAUUGUGGACAAGUCAGAAAGACAAUGGGUAUAAACAAGGAAAGCAACAGGAUGAGUCCUUGUAGCUUGUCAGCUGUACUUGGCUAUUAGAAAUUUUAAAGUCCUGACUGACAAGAUAUGUCACUCUGUAAUUCUUGGAUAAUUGAAACUUUGAUAGUUUAAUAUUUCAAACAUUUUUUUUUGAAAAUAGUACUUGUAAUAAAUAUUUGAAGCUAAAA